AGGCUGUAUAUAUAUUUAACUCUAAAUUGUUUGAACAUUUUUUUAUUACAAAUUUUUAGUACCCCGCAGAACAAAACCUUUGAAAUAGCGUAUGUGCUUGUUUCAUUGCUAUUGACGUUAACGAUUUUGAAUCAGUAUUGUGUGCGCGCCAAAUGAAGCAGGUAGGCGGUUGUCAGCUCUGGCAACACCAUUUCAGUGUGCAUGCGACCAAGUAACCAAUUUGCGGAUUUAGUAUAUUUCAAAUAGUUUCUAGAAAAUUAGUAUAUUUUUAAACACGAGCUGCGGUCACGCUGAUGAAACGCUCGCGAAACCCACGGAGGAAGCAAAAAAGCAGAAGAAAAAGAAAAACAAAAACCCCAAAUCGAACGAAUUGUGAAAAAGUUAAAACGCUCGCAUAAAAAUCGCUAGAACAAUAACAAGCCUAAUUUGCAGGCAGUCUGCGUUCGAUCCAAAUUCCAAACCCAUCGACUAUUAAGUGUAAAAACGAACUGAAACUCAAAUUGAAAUUAAACCCUCGAGUGUUACCGUCACCACCAUCAACCAACCAAACAGCAGCACCUGCCGCCCUCCCUACACCUCGGCCCCCGUUCCAAUUUUAAUAUAUAUUUUUGACGCACAGCCACACACAAGCGAACGAACAAAACGAAAGAAAGACAGCAAUAACACUUGUACACGAUUCUUUUUCGCCUUGCGAAAUCUAAGAGACGAAGGCCAACCGAUUAAAAGCAACCAAAACACAACACAAAUACAAAUGCGUGAGGCGCUUAAAAAACAAAAACGUUGAUGUAGAAUAUUUGUGGCAAUUUCGCAAAGUCACGCCGCGUCAGCUUAUAGUAAACAGUUAAUAAUACUAAAGAGACGGCUUAACAAUGUCCAUACGGACGCAGGUGCUCGGUUUUGUGGAUGUCAUGAUGCGUGUGCCGCCCAUCAUAGUGAUCGAUGAGAUACUCAAGAUUGGUAUGGGGCUGCCAACUCGUAUGUAUCCAGACAAAGUUGCAACCACAACAACAACGACUACGACGACACCUGCAGCAAGUCAACAGGAUGUCAGCAACAUCUCAGCAGCAGCGGCAACCACAACAUCAGACACAUUUGGCUCCAUCAAAGCAUUCUUUGGGCUGGCCAGUGAGGAGGCUACGACUGCUGCUGCAGCUGCUGUCUCAGCCAUAUCCACCUCCAUUAGCAACAGCAGCCAAGAGAUUCUCGAACAAUCCAUUGAGAAUGCAACGAAAGCGGCGCAUACACACGGCAUGCUGAGCAACAACUUUAAUACGCUAAUGGAUGAACUGGCACACGAUGGCGUGCUAGCGGAUAUACUAAGCAUAACAACGAUCAAGUUUAUCAUCUGCUUGCUAGGUUUCUGUAGCGCCGCUUGCAUUUUUAUGCUAUGGACGCGUCACUUGGUCAUGGUAUACAUGUUUCUCACCUCGCUGGGACUCACAUUUCUUUCGUACUGGUCGAGUGUUAGCGCUUUGGCGCUGAUGGAGAACAGUCCAUGCAUAGUUGAGGAUUUAAUGUCAAUGAAUACCACUAGAUUAUUGGAUUCGGGUGGCGUCAUAAUGUCACUGGCUCCACAUAUCAUAGCACAAUGGUUCAUGGGCAUGCUCUUUGCCUACAUCCAUUUGGGACCACGCUUUGCGCUGCUGCAGAAAAUGAUGCCCAUUAUCUUUACUAGUCCAAUUCUGUUUGCCAUGUUGCCGCUACCGCCGUACAUUGUUGAGAAGUUGCCCGUGCUGGCGGGUUUAACGCCCAUUCUAUUGACCAAAUUCACAUUAGUCCAAAGUGCCAUGGAAGCCAGUCGAACGGUAUACAAUGGCUAUCAGUAUGCCAUGAACUUUGUCUCGAACUUUGGUCUGUCGGCGCUCAUUGAGAACGAGUGGCAGCGACUUAAUGUGCCCAACGUGCUGCGACUCUUCUGGACCAUCAGAAUCAUGCAAGGCAGCUAUGCUUUGAUCACAGCUGAGACAGAUGUGCCUUUGCAGUUCUUCCCGGCUGUCGAAAAACUACUCGUCGAUGGUUGUGAAACUCUGACCGCUGUGCUAGGCAUGACUGGUGUCAUCUCCAUGAUCUGCCACUACAUUGGACGCGGCUUUCAAUGGUAUCUGCUGACCUACGACAACGAUGAAGAGAAGUCCCUGGGUACCGUUUCAGCUGUGCUCUUCUACAUCUUGGCAUUGCAAACGGGUCUCACUUCGCUGUCGCCCGAUAAGCGUUUCGUGCGCUUGUGUCGCAAUCUUUGUCUGCUUGUGACAGCUUUACUACACUUCCUACACAACAUUGUGUCGCCCAUCCUAAUGUCGUUGAGUGCGGCACGCAAUCCUUCACGCAAGCGUCAUGUGCGCGCCUUGUCGGUGUGCGCCUUUCUGAUUUGCAUGCCAGUCAGUUUGCUUUACUAUCUGUGGUCACAGCAUUCGCCGUCCACUUGGCUGCUGGCGGUGACUGCCUUCUCCGUCGAGGUCAUAGUCAAGGUACUUGUUUCACUUGCAACUUAUACGCUGUUUUUGCUAGACGCGCGUCGACAAUUCUUCUGGGAGAAAUUGGAUGAUUAUUUGUAUUAUGUGCGUGCCUUUGGCAAUUCAGUAGAGUUCUGUUUCGGCAUACUGCUCUUUAUCAAUGGUGCUUGGAUUUUGAUCUUUGAAUCGGCUCAAAAUGCUACAGGCGGCGCCAUCAGAGCGAUCAUGAUGUGCAUUCAUGCCUACUUCAACAUCUGGUGCGAGGCCCGCGCCGGCUGGUCCGUCUUCAUGAAGCGUCGCUCGGCUGUCCACAAGAUUUCCGCGCUACCUGAAGCCACUCCUGCUCAGCUACAAGCCUUUGACGAUGUCUGCGCCAUCUGCUAUCAGGAAAUGUACUCCGCCAAGAUAACCCGUUGUCGGCACUUCUUCCACGGCGUCUGCCUGCGCAAGUGGCUCUAUGUCCAGGAUCGCUGUCCGCUGUGCCACGAAAUCAUGAUGUACACCGACAAGCCGGAGGAUAACUCCCAAGAAGCGGAUCCGGCGGCUGCAACGCAAGCCGAGCAGCCAAUUCGCAUAUAUCCCCGCGACGAUGGAAAUAAUGCUGGUUCGGCGCGUCGGACGCCUGAACGUGCAGCCACCGCCGAAGAUGCAGCAGACGAUGCCACAACAUCAACGAAUGCUGCCACAGGCACGGUGCACAGUGAACGUGUGCCUGCCACAUCGGCGAGUGAAGCGGCAGCACUUGCCGCGGAGGCGAGAGCCGCGGCUGCUGCCAGCAGCAGCAACAGCAGCCAUAGCAAUGCCAACAGCAACAGCAGCAGCAGUAACGUUAGUUACAUGAGUGGAUCAGGACAACCGCCGCCAUCGACAGCAACAUCGGCGGCCGCGGUGGCCACAGCGGCGGCAAGCAACACGACGCACAUAUUUCGGUUGUCACAGGAACAGCAGUGAACUGUACCGUUAAGUCUAUUCUUAAUCAUACCACAUUUUACUGUUCUAUGUGUUAGUGUACUUAUGUAAAAAAAAAAAAAACUAACAAAAAAUGAAACAAAAGCAAAAAGUCGAAACCUAAUCGAAACUUUGAUCUGCUUUUUGAACGUUUCGAUGAAGCUUAUUCCUAUACACCUAAACACACACACACACACACCCCAUACACAUAUGACUCUUGAUCCUCAUUUGCACACACAUUACACAUAAAUCCAAAGGCGCUUCAAGAUGUUUGGCUUAUAAACCCACACACAAUAAGUUAAAUUAUAUAUCAUGCAUAUAAGUACGUACAUAUUAUAAUAUGACCGUGCCGAUCGAAACGAGAAUUCAAUCAGAGAUCUUUGUAAAUUAAGUUUAUGGUAACAAGUUGACCCAAAAAUGUUGAAAAUGGCUAGUUUUAAGUUUACAGUGAAAUGGUGUUAAAAAAAAAACAAAAACAAAAAUCAAACAAAAAAAGAAUAUAUA